AAUUGCCCCAAACUGGCUGCUUUGUCAGCCAUUGGACUGACUCUACAGGACUCAGUCUUUCAGCCUGGGCGAAAAAAAAGCAAUCUGAAUGACAAUCAACAAAAGGAGCUGAGGCCGUUCGUGCGCAUGCACGUUACGGCGGAGGCAGGUCCCGUCCCUCCUGUCCGCUUGGUUCUGCCUGCUCCGUGGGCUGGCAAUGGAGAAAGAGUCAGUUGCUUAUCAAUAUUUUUGAGAGGCAGGGACAGCAGCCUGAGCCGAGGGGAGAAGGCUGCAGGAGUCCUCUUCCCUGUGGAUUGGGAGGUUCUCCUGCCAUGGCCAGUUACCAGGAAGGUGAGCCUCCCUCUCCUGGGGAGAGCUCAGGGGAUGAAAGUCAAGGGGAUGGGGCAAUCAGGAUCCUUGAAAAAAUGAAACAGAAUCAGAGACUUGCAGCCGCGGAGCUGGUCAGCACAGAGGCCAAGUAUAUGCACUAUCUCCAGCUCUGCGCCUCUGACAUCCGGAGCCAGCUACGGGAGCUGCCAGAGGAAGACUUGGACGUGAUAUUCUCAAACAUUAAUGAUAUCGUCAAGGUCAAUAGCCGUUUCCUCAAAGGCCUAGAAGAGGCAAAGUCUGAAGAGGAACAGCUAUUCUUACUUGGUAAUCUGUUCCUUGAAUUCCAAGAGGAGAUGGAGAGCACCUAUAAAGUCUACUGUGCCAGCUAUAAUCAGGCCUUGGCCGUGGUAGAGUCGUAUAAGAAGGUACCCACGAUACAGAAGGCAAUUCAAGAUGUCAUCACUGCAGUGGUACCACAGGCUGGAGCCUCAGGUCUCACUUUCUUGCUGGUGAUGCCUGUGCAGCGAGUGACCAGAUACCCUCUCCUGCUGCAGAAGAUCCUGGAGAACACGCCACCUGAUGACCACGCCUAUGAGGCCUUGCAGAGGGCCACCAGAGCCAUGCAAGAGGUCAAUUCCAACAUCAAUGAGUACAAGAGGUGUAAGGAAAUUGCCACUAAAUACAGCAAGUUGGAGCAUCUGACAGUCAGGGAGAGGUUGGCCCGGAUUAAUACACACUCUAUCUCCAAGAAGACUCUGCGUCUAAGUCAGUUGUUCAAGCAAGAAGCUGGGAUUGUGACUAGGACUGAAGACAGGGAGUUUGAUGACUUGGAAGAGAAGUUCCACUGGGUGGCGUUGUGUGUGAAUGAACUGAAGAGCAACGUGGCCUCAUACCUGGAGAAUUUGGAGACUUUCCUCAGGAUCAAACCACAUGAAUGUGAUCUGGAGAUGGAAGGCGGAGCUGUGCAGCAGUAUUGCUGCCUUACGAGAAGCUUACACCUUCUGGUCUUCCUGGAGUUUAAGCAGCGGCUGGAAAGGCUAGUGUACCACCCACUGGGCCACCUGUCCAAAGCCCUGCUGGGGCCUCAGAAUCUGAUCAAGAAGCGUCUGGACAAACUGCUGGACUUUGAGCGGAUAGAAGAGAAGCUGGCUGAAAUGGGCAGCAUGACCUAUGAAGAGGAAGCCACUAGGCACACGUACCAGGCCCUGAACUCUCUGCUGGUGUCUGAGCUUCCUCGGUUUAACCAGGUGGCCACACAGUGGCUGGGCCAGAUCUUGCACACCCUUAUGGCCCUGCAGAGGGAUCUAGCCCAGCAAGUGUUGCAGAGGGCGGAAGGAGAGCUAGCCCAGUUGCCCCACAGCCAUGUUUCUGAAUCUGACUUCAGGAAGCUGGUGGAAGACACAUUGGGCAAGACCAGUGCCCAGCUUCACUCCUUCCGCCAGAGCUUUGAGAAGGUGUUGCCAGUUCCAAUAACACAACCACUCCAACCUGCUGCAGAAAGACAGGUACAGGCCCUUCUGAGCAAGUAUGGCCCUAGCAAGCUCUACCAGGUGACAAGCAACAUCAGUGGGAGUGGAAAUCUGGCUCUGACCCUUCAGAGAGGACAGAUUGUGGCUCUCCUUCAGGACAGGGAUACCAAAGGCAAUACUAGUCGUUGGCUGGUGGAUACUGGAGGCUAUCGAGGGUAUGUGCCAGCUGGAAAACUAGAGCCGUAUCAGGUGGUCCCACCUGAGGAGCCCAGCAUGCAGGCGGGGUCAGGCGACAGUUUCAGGUUCCCUCCAGCAGAGGCUCCCAGGGCAUCGGCCCGUACUGUCACACCUGUUUUUCAGGUGGUGGCUGCCUACCCAUUUGCAGCCAGGAGCAGCCAUGAAGUGAGCCUGCAGGCGGGGCAGCCGGUAACAGUCCUGGAGAGGCAGGACAAGAAGGGGAACCCAGAAUGGAGCCUCGUGGAAGUGAAUGGACAGAGGGGUUAUGUGCCCUCCAACUUCCUGGUCCACAUUCCAAGCCCUGCACCGUGGGGCUGGAGUUUGCCUCCUUGCAACAGCCCCCCAUCACACAUGUAAUAGCAAUGGCAGGAGGGAGGCUAUGAAGGAUUCUCAGUCAGACAGUGUGGCUUGGUGGCGGUAAGAAGGGUCUCAGAGCAGAACACAGAGCUGGAUGGGUAUGAGACAAGGCAGUUAGAAAAUAAAACAAACCUACUAGA